AUGCCAAAGAAGAGGAAAUCCGAUGCAACGCGCCUGGAUGAGGUGGAUCGUACCUUGUACACCACUUUCAGCAGCGCGGCCAACUCCCUAUCCCACCUCUACUCCCAGGCCAUGCACCAUCAGAAGGUCUCCUUCCAGGCCGGUGAACGCCACUCUCUGGAAAAACUUUAUAAUUGGAUUUUAAGACAACACGAAGACGGGGCAAGAAUGGGAACCAAUGAUAUACUUGCAUAUAUUCAGAACGAGCUUGAUCAUGGGACUGAUGAACCCCCACCAUCCCCGAGGUUGCCAUUUCAGCAGCAGCAACAGUCUCAAACUGCAAUGCAGACAAUCCACUCAGGAUUUCCAGUGUCUUCCAAUUCAUUUGGUCCUGCAAAUAUGCGUUCUGUGAACUCUGAUAACCAAUCUAAAAACUCUGUUUUCUCGAAUGCUCUCUCCAGUCCCAUACGUCGAAGUCUCCAGCAGUAUCACUUGACUCAGGGAGGCCAAUCCGCAAAUCAUGUUAUGCGAAACAACGAUAAUAAUGGUUCCCAAAGUAGGGAUCCUAAUCCACCUAGCUUGAACGACACUUCAAUGGACAUGCAUGCUGAUAGCCCUGAUCAUGAUUCUCAUUGCUGA